AUGCCGUGCUGCAGUUGUCACGAGAUCGACUUCGGAAUCGACGUGGGUGUCGAUAAUAACCAUCUUAUUGCCUCCAAAGACCCCACACAUCCUGCAAACAUGAUCUGUGAGCUUUGUCGUCUAUUUUACACCAAUGGAUGGUGCACUGGCACUGGCGGAGGAGUUUCUAUUAGAGACGCUAACAAGGCAUACAUUGCCCCAAGUGGUGUCCACAAGGAAAGAAUGGUUCCCUCGGACAUGUUUGUGAUGGAUCUAGAAUCAAAGGAAUAUCUUAGAAAGCCUGCAAAAUAUAAGGCCUCUGCUUGCACACCACUGUUUUUGGAUAUCUAUAAUAUCAGAGACUCGGGAGCAUGUAUCCACACCCACUCUCAAAAUGCCGUCAUGGUGACAUUACUUUUCGACAAGUAUUUUGAGAUCUCGUCCAUUGAGCAAAUCAAAGCUCUUCCCAAGGUUACAGAGGCUGGUAACCUUUGGUAUUCAGAUAAAUUGACUAUCCCAAUUUUGGAAAACACAGAAAGAGAGGAAGAUCUAUCUGAGAGUUUGCAGCAAUGCAUCAAAAGCCAUCCCAAUACGACUGCUAUCCUAGUCAGAAGGCAUGGAAUAUUUGUUUGGGGAGAGAAUAUAUGGAAGGCCAAGGUUUACAAUGAGGCAUUGGACUAUUUGAUGGAACUUGCUAUCAAAAUGAAACAGUUUGGAAUUCCAACGGUGAAGCAAGAAUAG